AUGACGGGGCUGAUUCCAGGAAAUAGAAAUGCUGACAAUAUUGAUAAAGAUUUUGAGCAGUUCGAGUAUCUUGUCUAUCCAAGCAAGACUAUCCAUGUGCCAACUGUUAAGGCCGCACUUUUCACAUCGUUUGGUUUCAGCCAGUCAAACGGAGCAGGACUUAUCGUUCAUCCAGACUACCUAUUCGCAGCACUAUCAAAGGAUGAGCUGGAUGAGUACAGGGCCAAAGUCGAUGAGCGCAUGAAGAGAUCGACCCGCUACUGGCAGGGAGCACUUCUUGGAAACCACCCAUAUUUACAGACAAAGGAUGCAGCACCAUUCACGCCAGAUCAAGAGACAGCAGUGUUCCUGGACUCUAGUGCAAGGGCUAUAUUUGACUCAAAAACCAAAACGUACCACUUCUAAUACCGCUUAACAGAGUUCUGUGCGCCUUCCAUCUAGUUUUCAUUUACCAAGUUUACAUAGAGCAAUAAA